AACUUCUUGGAAUCGAAAGUCGGAAAAUAAUUCAUCAGCGAAAACCUUUUCUUUGUAUACUGUUGUGUUUUAUGACCUCCUUGCUUCUAAGAUAACAUCCCGACGAAAAAGAAACUAAUUAAAAAUUGAUUUAAGCAAUGCUGUGUGAAGGUUGCAGUCAACAUAAACUUCGUAAAGAAUUUCCGCACGAAAAUGUUUGCAGCAACAAGCAUGCACAGCUCUACUGCUUGAGGUGUGUUGCAAAGUCCAUUGAGCAGCGCAAACAGUGUCCAGCGUGCAAUGCUGAUGUACCCAAGCACAGCAGGCAAUAUAGUUCCUGUAUUCAGAAACUGAAUUGGCUCUUCCCGCCUUUUGAAGAUGAUCAGGCAGCAUCGGCAAAUGAAUCAGUGGAUUCUCUAGGCUACAGGUCUUUGAUAAGAAACAUUACCGUCAAUGUGGUGAUGCUGAAUGGAGACAAAAAAACCAUAGUAGUCAGCCGUUCUACAACCAUAAUGGACCUGAAAAAGAAUGUCUCUGUGCACUUUGGGAUUGAUUCCAAGAAGCAGCGCCUGAUUUACAAUGACAAAUCCCUGGAGAGUUAUAAAUCCAAUCAGCUGAUGAAGGUCAGUGAUUACAACAUCGCUGAUAACAGUACAAUCACUCUGAUCAAGGUCCUCAAGACCAUCUCAGAUUCACUAAAACAUGUCACUUUUGAUUUCCAUUGGAAUUAUGUGGGCUAUCGUCGAGACUAUCUCAAUGUAUCGGCUAUAUUAUAUAGUGGUACCAGCCGUGUUGACGUUGUUGACUUCAAGAGAACAGUAUUUCCUAGUGGGCUUUAUGGUUAUGGUACAGGUUAUGGUGCUGUAACUCAUUCUGGUCAUGGAUUUAAAAAUAACUGGCGUGGUAGCAGGGGGAACCACAAGAUCGAAGUGAACUUCGAUUUGCUUAGUGCAACUUCCGUUGACAAAGUGUUUUUCACUUUGAGUGCUCUCAAUGCUGGAAGCAUCGAAGAAUUCCGGAAUUUAACCCUUGAUUUCCACGACUCUCGCAACCCAAGUGAGCAGCUUGACGAGAUAAGGCGUGCAGUGAAACAUCACAAAGCAAUUGUCUUCUGUUGCCUGUGCCGUAUUGAUGGGAGUUGGCAGGUAUUUGGCCUGCAAGAGCCUUCUUAUGGGAAUGUUCGUGAUUACUACCCGCUGUAUUCUACUAUACAGACAAUAAUACUAAAAGGGUUUUCAUAAACCCGGUGAACUUCACCCAUUUUUGUGUUCAAAUAAAAAAGGUAAUGUCGAAUAGUUUGCUUCUCCGCCAGAUCAGCUAAUUAGAAGCACAGUGUGACUUUUUCACCUUGCUUUGCUUGCGUUUCGGUUUUGUUACUUUUCCAUGUCACUGAAUAAGUUAGGGACUCUUUUUAGUCAUGGCUACGGCAUCCAAUUACCAUGCAAUGUUAUGCCGAUAGAACUAAUUUGAAGAUAUCAAUGAAAACAAAAUAGAAUUAUGCUAUAGCAGGUAAUGACUAGAUCUAGUGAAUAAUUUCAUGCAUAGUGGCAGGUAGCCUCAUUCAAUAAAUGUGGACAAACAGCUCGUUAA